GUUUAGAAGGAGUUGUGGUGAUUGUUGAAGUGAUACUGCGCUAGACUUGCGCCAUGUCGUAUCUUCUCUCCUUUGUUGGAUGGGCGGUCCUCCCGAACUACGCGACCUCCUUCCUACAGAGUGUCUACUAUGGCAUCACCAUCCGUGCGGGUGAGCCCCGGCCUCAACCCGGCACCGCCCGCUACGACCGUCAUCGCCGGCGCAUCUUCAUCCUCGUCGUGACCAGCUACCUCCUCUACACGCUCUACGAAGCAUUCCACCAAGUCCAGACCGCAGGGGACUUCUACCAGGCCCUCGGGGUAUCGCCGCUGGCCGACGACCGGACCAUCAAGUCGCGAUUCCGCCGGCUCGCCGCCCAGCAUCACCCGGACAAGGUCUCGCAGGGCACAUCCGACAACUACUUCGUCUAUCUGAAGCUGGCGCAGGAGACCCUGCUGGACCCUGCGAAGCGGUAUGGAUACGAUCGGUUUGGGCCCGAUAUCCUCCAGUGGAGGGACCCGAAGAACAUGCAGGGAUAUCUGUUUGCGGGGCUGCGGCAGAGCGUCCCGCAGUACGUGGGCGGCCUCGUUACUCUGAUCGCGCUGAACUUCAUCUGGUGGUCGGGCUGGGGUCGUUACUGGCGUUUCUUCACCUUUGCCGCACUGAUCACCCUCGAGCUGGCCCUGAUCACCCACCCGGGGGCACUGUUCAUCCCGUGGUCCUACAUCCCGUCGGGGGUACGCAAUCUGCUCGGGAUCUCGACCCAGACGCCAACGUUCUACCUGCUACCGUUCCAGAUCGUGACGCUUGCCCAGCGGGCGUCCGUCACGAUGCAUAUCUUCAUCUCGCAGCUGUCGCCUCCCAAGCGAAACGAGGCCUCGUCGUCCGGGUCAGGCGACCGUCUGUAUCCGCAGACCGUCCAGCGCCUAGGCCAGCUGUUGCAGACGUCUCGGGCGGUGGAUGUCGAGGCGACGCGGUUAUUGCAGAUGGGGGUGUUCCCGUUCCGUGGGGACCGCGAGGCCGUUGGAUCGCUGCGGAAGGGGAUGCGCGAGGGGUUGGUGUUGAGUGGUGUGCGGAAUAGUCCUGGGGUGCAGGCGGCCGUUGGGGAAGUAUUGGAGCGGCAGAGGCGGGAGAAGAAGGGCGAUUAGGGGGGGGGAUCCUAGGAGUGGGUGAUAGA